CAUGGGUUGGGGGCGGAUUCCACACUCAUUGCUAAACUUCACCACACCAAUGGAAAGGAGCAAAACGGAGUUCAGGAGUCUCAGCAUGAGAAGGUAAUCAUGGUAAGUGGGGAGGGGAUGAUCCACAGUCCCGGAUUCCCACACACUUAUCCACGGAGUACUGUGAUCAUGUGGCGGCUAGUGGCAGCCAGUGACAACUCCAGAAUCCAGCUGACCUUUGAUUCACGAUUCGGCCUGGAAGAUCCUGAAGAUGGCAUCUGCAAGUAUGAUUAUGUGGAAGUGGAGGAUCCGGAUGGAGGAAUAGUUCUGGGUCGAUGGUGUGGCUCUCAGACCACUCCUGGCCUUCAGGUUUCCAAGGGGAAUCAAAUUCGCAUUCGCUUUGUAUCAGACGAGUACUUUCCGUCAGAGCCAGGAUUCAGUGUGCACUACUCUCUGUUACAGCAGAAGCCAGCCGUGACAGCUGUGAGCCCUCCGGUUAUGCAGAAUGUGGAAGCUCUUAGUGAAACCAUGGCUGGAUUUGGCACAGUGGAGGAGGUGCUAAAAUACCUGGAGCCUGAUCGCUGGCAGCGUGACCUAGAGGAACUUUACAAGCCCAUGUGGCACGCGUUGGGCAAAUCUUUCUUUUACCAGAAAAAAAGAGGUGUGGGGGACCUGAACACCUUACGAGAGGAGGUUCGGCUCUACAGUUGCACUCCUCGUAACUUCUCUGUGUCCCUGCGUGAGGAGUUGAAGAGGACAGAUGUCAUUUACUGGCCAAGCUGCCUGCUGGUGAUGCGCUGUGGGGGAAACUGUGCUUGCUGUUCAAACUCCUGCAAUGACUGCCAAUGUUCUCCCACCAAAGUCACCAAAAAAUACCAUGAGGUCUUGAUGCUCAAAUUCAGACCAGGUCGAGGGGCACAGAAGUCUUUGACGGACGUUGCACUCGAGCACCAUGAGGAGUGUAGCUGUGAAUGCAAGAAUGACUAGGACUAAACUAAAGCCUGAACAGGAGUUUUAAAUGGAAAAUAUUUAUUUGUCAAAAUUUGUUUUACUACUUUUAAUUAACUUAACUCAAGCUCUCAUUUUUAUACUAUCCUGCAGAGGGGAAUGAGGACAAAUCAAUCUGGGACCGCUUACGUCUUCUCUGCAUUCCUUUGGGGCCUUUCAUAAACUUUAAAUAAAGGAUCCACAUAUUAAAUAUUA